UGACUUGACGGUUUUUUUCGCUCAGUGCUGAUGACGGUAGCAGGCGGCGUUGGUUUGAUGCUAAGACGGGUUCAUGACAGGAGGCUUACUUCAUGUUAAUAUUUACAUUUCCAUCAGCAUUACACAAGACAAAGGAUGUAUUAAUGAACGGGAAAAAAGGACGUGUGAAAAAACAUUGGCCGUUACCUAGUUAAUAUCGACCAGCGGCGGUGAUUGUCAAACGUAUCCGGGGUUGUUUUGACGAAGGCCUGUUGCUGGCUACAGGAAAUUCUCGCAUUCGCCCAGUAGAAGCCAGCGGGGGCUGAAGCGUCUCACAGGGUAGCGACUGGAGCUCUUUGGACGGGAUUUCUGGAACAUCUUAAAAUGCGAGAGGUCUAGCUAGUCUUAAAAGGUAACUGGGACGUUUUUUCUGCUUCCCCAUGGUGGGCACACACCAGCUCACAGCGUAUUCGGUUAGCCAGUCAGCUAACGUUAACGCCCCCAUAUUGACAAGCUAAGUGGCAAGCUAUCGCAGGAACCCGGUUAUUUUGGAACACGUUGGUAGUUGAUAUUGAAACACUUUGCUCUUGCAGCCACGUUCAAUCACGCAUUCGCCGUAUUUCUCCCUCGGCACGAGGAAAACACGUUGGGAAACCGAUCACAAGACCUCUGAGCUAAAACGUAACAGCCUCUUGCAUCCUUUUUGGACUCUUGUUGUUAAUUUCCUCCAGUCCAACGUUCGAAGUGAGUGCAGUUUUGAACGUAAUGAAAUCCUCGCCUGGGCCUACUCGACGCUACCUUCAAAAGUCUCUCCCAGAGAAAUGAGCCUUGUGGCUUCAAGUGCCCCCUCUUCGCCCCGCUGUUAACCUCGAAACGACUCCACUUGGCCUGUGGGCUUUCUGUGCUCUGGAGGGAUCUUUCUCAUUAUGAAUCGUUACCUGCCUGUGGCAAGGCAGCACUUUCUGGCUGCACUCGCAAGCACCAGUGUGGUCGUGAAAGCCAUCAGUGCUCUUGUGGUUCUCCUCUACCUGCUCUCCUGGGCUGUGGACACAUCAUAUGCACUGGGGGUUACCCCGGGCUUUCUGUUCCCACCUAAUUUUUGGGUGUGGACGCUGGUCACCCAUGGGAUCGUGGAGCAGCACGCGUGGAGCGUGGUGAUCAAUGUUGGGACUGUGAUGUCUUGUGGCCGCCUGCUGGAGCCUUUGUGGGGUGCCCUCGAACUGCUGAUCUUCUUUGCGGUGGUAAAUGUAUCUGCAGGCCUACUAGCAGGCCUCUCCUACCUCCUCACCUAUGUGGCCACCUUCAACCUGGACUUCCUGUUUGCUGUCCGUGUCCACGGAGCGGCCGGCUUCCUCGGAGGUGUCCUGGUGGCACUGAAACAGACCAUGGGGGAUACAACGGUACUCAGAGUUCCACAGGUAAGGCUCAAAGCAGCUCCAGCUUUGGUCCUCCUCCUCUUGGCCUUACUGCGCCUCUCAGGCCUACUGGAGAGUUCCGCCCCCCUGGCCGCAUACAGUUACGGCGCCCUGUCCGGCUGGGUGUACCUGCGCUUCUACCAGAGGCAUAGCAGGGGCCGCGGCGACAUGUCGGACCACUUUGCCUUUGCGAGUUUCUUCCCUGAGGCGCUGCAGCCGGCGGUGGGUCUGCUGGCAGGUUUGGUCCACGCCACCCUGGUGAAGGUGAAGGUGUGCAGGAAGAUGGUGAAGAGGUACGAUGUGGGCGCGCCGUCGUCCAUCACCAUCAGCCUGCCUGGAACAGACCCGCAAGAUGCCGAGAGGAGAAGACAACUGGCCCUCAAGGCUCUCAACGAGCGUUUAAAGCGCGUGGAGGACCAGUCAGCUUGGCCCAGCAUGGACGACGAGGAAGAUGACGAGGUAGAUGAGAUCCGGACCGACACACAACCACUCCUCCCUCGUGACCCGCCCUCCUCAACGCCCCGACCAGCAUCAGGGGGAGCCGUCGCCCUCUCCUCCACAGCCUCAUCGUCAAUGUUGCCGAGCGGCGGAGCACAGGCAUCGGAGUCGAGCAUCAUCAGCUUCGAGGACGCACCCUCUAGAUCGUAACCCUUUGAAGAGAUGCAAUGUGCACGUCGCUUACAGGCGUACUAACUUGAGUGAUGGAAGGUGGCGGACCUGGCCACACACACUCCAUUACUGUCGCCAUUGAGUCCACACGUGGGUUUAGUGUGUCUUUUCACUUUGCACGUGUUGGAUGUGCUCAGUGUAGUCAGUCAGGCCAUUGCUUCCUUCUUGCGUUCAGGCUCAAGUUAAGCAGCCAUUCUCUUGUGUUCUCAUUUACCGGUAAUUUCAAUUGACCUGGGGGGUUUCCACGGCUUUGUGGGUUUUUUGUUUUUGUUUUGUUUUAAUAUUUAAAUAAAGGCAAGUUGGAUGUGUUUUUUCCACCCCACAGCAGCCACAGAUGUUUGCCAAGAGAACGCUUGUUCAUGACAGAGACUCACUCUCCAAAAGACGGACUCUUUGCUGUCAAGGUUUUGGUUUGGUAACACGGUGAGGAGGAGAAGUACAGAGUCUUCAGCACAAGCUGCUCAAGACAUCGGCAAUGGGAAAUAAAAAUCUUUGCGAUUUAAAAGUAAAGUGCCAGCUGUGAAUAUUCUGGACCAGUUUCCGGUUUUAUGACUCCUCAAACUGAGAACUUCUUUGUGUGUAUCCCCCGUCCCACCCCCACAGAUUUGUUUACCACUUGACAGAAACAACUUUCUGUAUACACAGAGUUGGAUGUCUUGCGUUAACGUCUGAUCUGUGAUAUUUUUGGCCGAGUCAGCAUCUAAUUUGUGUCCAAUUUCAUUCACUGUUUUAAGAGUUAGCAAUAACAGUUUCAACUGCUGGUAUUGCUGCACUUCUAAGGAAAAUACGAUUUAGUGGGUAUGGAAAUAUGUACGUUUUCAGUUGCUACACAGUCAAAAUUUACAGGUUUGGUUUUGAUAGGAUCUUCGGCGCUGAUUAUGCAGAAGGUGAAUGUCUGCUUGAACAGAGGAUGUUUGCACUAAUAGUCAGCAUUGUGCUUUUUUGGUACUAUGCAUUUGUAAAAUUGUUGCACCUUGCAAAUUAAGACACGUUAUCCCGUUGACCGAAUGUAGCAUGAAUGAGGAUAAAGAUAAGAUUAUUGCGGGCAAGUUGAAUUAGACACAAAAUGAAAGACCAUUUUGCUUUAGAUACAAACAUCGAGGAAGAAAUUGUAACCGUGUACUGUAUUAUGAAGUGCAGUUCGUGUUGAUUUGACAAAUUAUGGAUUCGACAAAAAUGAGUGAUUGUGUCAUGAAUGUUGAAGACGGAAUGGUUAUGGAACCACUGUUGUAAUCAAAGGAGAUUUUUGUCAUGUCUUUGUCACAAACUUUUUGAUCAACCUGGAAGUUGACAGAGAUGAGCAAAAGAAAAUAAUUUACCGUUGAGCCAUGAACUGUCUUUAAAAAAAAAGUGCAAAGAAAAAUCAUAGGAUUAGACAGAAUUGCUGCCAUUUUGGGGGGGAUUUGUGUCCCCCCCCCCCUUUUUUUUAAAAAAAGAUGACUGGAUCAAUAUUGAUUAAAGUCCAACUGAUUCCAAAUGAAAUUUGGCCAAGUACUGAAAAAAAAUACAGUUGAGUCUGGACUGAGGAAAAUGUAAAGAGCAUCAAGACAUUGAAUGAUUAUAAAGGAUUAUAAAAGGAUAGGUUAUGAACAAAAUGUUUGAUUAUUGCAUCAUAUUUUUUCAUCAAUUUUGUAAGAUGCUCAGAUGAGUUUAAAAAAACGGAAAUUCCCUGACCUGAAAAAUAUUCUGCACCCCUGAUUUCAUCAUGUAUGCUUGAGUGGGAUGGAGGGGUUUUUAUAACUAAAAUCCAAACUUUUUUUUUUAUUGUUUUCAAGACAAACUACCCCAAUUGUUAUACAGCUGAGCAUUUAAGACCAGUUGCAUUGGUUAAUAAAUAAAAAUGGACAAAAGCAAA